GCUAGGGCCUGUAUCAGCCUCAUCCUAAUAACGUGCAGGAUUUUGGCUCUUGUCUUCCUAACUGUUGGAAAUAUGACUUCUUCAAACCCCGACCAACGCCUGGAGCAUCUUCUGAGCGCCGUGGAAAGCGAGUUCCAGAAGGGCAGCGAGAAGGGGGACGUGUCGGAGAGGGAUAUUAAACUGACGCUGGAAGAUGCGGAAUUGUGGAACAAGUUCAAAGAGUUAACUAACGAGAUGAUCGUCACCAAAACUGGAAGGAGGAUGUUUCCCGUUCUCAGGGCCAGCGUCUCCGGCCUGGAUCCGAACGCCAUGUACUCCGUGCUGCUGGAUUUCGUAGCCGCGGACAAUAACCGCUGGAAAUAUGUGAACGGGGAGUGGGUGCCCGGAGGCAAACCGGAGCCCCAGAGUCCCAGCUGCGUCUACAUCCAUCCGGACUCCCCAAACUUCGGCGCGCACUGGAUGAAAGCGCCCGUCUCCUUCAGCAAAGUCAAGCUGUCCAACAAACUGAACGGCGGUGGACAGAUUAUGCUCAACUCUCUGCAUAAAUACGAGCCAAGAAUACACAUUGUGAAGGUCGGGGGCAUCCAGAAGAUGAUCAGCAGCCAGUCUUUCCCCGAAACUCAGUUCAUUGCUGUCACCGCUUACCAGAAUGAGGAGAUCACAGCUCUGAAGAUAAAGCACAAUCCUUUUGCCAAAGCCUUCCUGGAUGCCAAAGAAAGGAGUGACCAUAAAGAAGUUCCUGACCACAGUGCAGACAGCCAACAAUCUGGUUAUUCUCAGCUUGGAGGUUGGUUCCUCCCUGGCCAGAGUCCCAUCUGCCCCAGCAGCAGCCCACCUCAGUUUAGUGGUACAGCAGGCCACUCAUCUGGAUCCUACUGUGAACGCUACUCCAGCCUGAGGAGCCACAGAGCGGCUCCGUACCCCAGCCAUUACCCCCACCGCACCUCCAGCACAAACAACUACAUGGACAACACCUCAGGAGCUCUGCCUUCUCAUGACAGCUGGUCCACCCUCCAGAUUCCAAACUCCACAGGCAUGGGAACUCUGUCCCACUCUACCAACUCAACAUCUAAUUCUAGUCAGUACCCCAGCCUCUGGUCAGUAGCCGGCACCACGCUGACCCCUUCAGGCUCAGCCUCAGGCUCCAUACCCGGAGGUCUGACCUCUCAGUUCCUGAGGGGCUCCUCCUACACAGGCCUGACCUCCUCACUACCCGUCUCCUCGCCAUCCUCCAUGUACGACCCGAGCCUGAGCGAAGUUGGAGUUGGGGAAGCCCAGUUUGAGAGCUCUAUCGCCAGACUUACAGCAACCUGGGCGCCUGUUGCUCAGAGCUACUGAAACUUUGACUCCUUUGUCUGGUCGUUAUCCGGGGAGACCAGAGACUUCCGGAACAGCAUUAAAGACUAAAAUCAGGAGGAGAUAUUCUAAAGUUUAGAUCACUGAAAAAGACGUAGUGAACCAAGCUGGUGAGAAAAGAUCGGCCACCUCAGUUUCACUUUUAAAUGGAAGCACAAAUUGAGAGAUUGAAAUUGAGAGUUGAUUCAUAAUUAAAUAUGAAUUUGUAAAUAAGUAAAGAAACAGUGUUUUUUCUUGGAGUGGAAAGUGACGACCACUCCCACCUUUCAUGGAGGAAACUGUCAUCUGUGCAAUCUGCAACCUACUGCUUACUUGGUUUAAAAGUCCUCAACAUAAAUUUUAAUGGUUAGUUUUAAGCUAAAUGGUCAAAAUUAUUUGCUCUUAAAAAGUCUUGCAUGAUAAUUACAUGUCCCGUCCGUUUUUGUCUUCAUGCCUGUGAAUGCUUACUGACAUUUGCUUUCAUUUUAUCUGUCAAAAAAAGUUCUGCUAACAUAACUGUGUACAUGUGUGUAUAAAAGUAACUUAACGUUCUGUUUUGUUUUUGUUUUUGUUUUUUUUUUCAAAUAUAAAUGUGCCUUUUGUGAUUGCAAUAUAAAUGGCCCACUUUGAGAGCUACAAGUGCCUUCUGCUUCCUGGCGAGGUUUUACACCUGUUCAGAUAGCUGUACAUAAACUAUCUAUUUGUAUUUGAACUUGCUGUAAGUUUUAUUUAUGUCGUUUAAUAAUAAAUUAAAAAUAUUUCUUUUCUCA